GGGCGCUUAGACUUCCACGCCAAAACCAAGCAAAAAAGCUACACUUGUUAAGAAUAGAAUUGAAUCGAGAUCCUCCUCUUCCUCUUCAUCUUCUUGGCGCGCGCUUUCCCUUAUUCUAGAGUUGUAACAGAAGCACAGCAGCAGCAGGAGAGGAGAGGAGAUUCCGUCUGUUCUGCUCCAAUGCAAACCCGGGACAGCAACAACGCCCCGCUCCCCUACUCCUACUCGCCACUGCCCGCCGCCGACGCAGCCUCCGCCGAGGUCACCGGCACCGGCUGCGCCCAUGGCCGCAGGAGGCCUCUCUACGCUGCUGCGCUCGUCCUGUCAGCCGCGCUGCUCCUCGCCGCCGGCGUCCUCCUCGCCGGCCGCCAGAUGAAAUCUAUGGAGGCACACACCGCCGCGGCGGUUGCGCCGGAGGCGAUGAGCAGGGGGCCGGAGGCCGGCGUGUCGGAGAAGACGUCGGGCGCCGCCCACGAGAGGCUGGGCGCGGCCGGCGACAGCGGGAACGCCUUCCCGUGGAGCAAUGCAAUGCUGCAAUGGCAACGCACGGGCUUCCACUUUCAGCCCGAGAAGAAUUGGAUGAACGAUCCGAACGGUCCUUUGUAUUACAAGGGGUGGUACCACCUGUUCUACCAGUACAACCCGGAGGGCGCCAUUUGGGGCGACAAGAUCGCGUGGGGGCACGCCGUCUCCCGCGACCUCAUCCACUGGUGCCACCUCCCACUCGCCAUGGUGCCCGACCAAUGGUACGACAUCAACGGCGUCUGGACCGGCUCCGCCACCACUCUCCCCGACGGCCGCCUCGCCAUGCUCUACACCGGCUGCACCAACGAAUCCGUGCAGGUCCAGUGCCUCGCCGUGCCUUCCGACCCCAACGACCAGCUGCUUACCAACUGGACCAAGUACGAGGGCAACCCCGUGCUCUACCCGCCGCCGGGCAUCGGACCCAAGGACUUCCGCGACCCCACCACCGCGUGGUACGACCCCUCCGACAAGACGUGGCGCACCGUCAUCGGCUCCAAGGACCCGCACCACGCCGGCAUCGCCGUCACCUACAGGACCAAGGACUUGGUGAACUACGAGCUCCUGCCAGGCGAGCUCCACCGCGUGCCGGGCACCGGCAUGUGGGAGUGCAUCGACUUCUACCCCGUCGGCACGCGCGGCGACAACGGCAUCGACAUGUCGGACGCCAUGUCGAAGAACGGCGUCGUCGGGGACGUGGUGCACGUCAUGAAGGCCAGCAUGGACGACGACAGGCACGACUACUACGCGCUCGGCAGGUACAACGCCACGGCCAACGCCUGGACGCCCAUGGACCCCGAGAACGACAUCGGCAUCGGCCUGCGCUACGACUGGGGCAAGUUCUACGCGUCCAAGACCUUCUACGACCCGGCCAAGCGCCGCCGCGUGCUCUGGGGGUGGGUCGGCGAGACCGACUCGGAGCGCGCCGACGUCGCCAAGGGAUGGGCAUCGCUGCAGUCGAUCCCUCGCACGGUGCUGUUGGACACGAAGACCGGUGGCAACCUGCUGCAGUGGCCGGUGGAGGAGAUCGAGACGCUGAGGACCAACUCCACCGACCUCAGCGGCAUCACCAUCGACUACGGCUCCGUCUUCCCGCUCAACCUCCAUCGUGCCACCCAGCUCGACAUCCUCGCCGAGUUCGAGCUUGACAAGCACGCCGUCAUGGCCAUCAACGAGGCCGACGUCGGCUACAACUGCAGCACCAGUGGCGGUGCCGCCAACAGGGGAGCGCUCGGCCCCUUUGGGCUGCUUGUCCUUGCCGACAACCACCGUCGAGAACAGACCGCUGUCUACUUCUACGUCGCCAAGGGCCUCGAUGGCCGCCUCACCACGCACUUCUGCCAGGACGAGUCGAGGUCCUCCAGUGCUAACGACAUCGUCAAAAGAGUUGUCGGCAGCGUCCUCCCUGUGCUCGACGGCGAGACCCUCUCCGUCAGGGUCCUCGUCGACCACUCCAUUGUCGAGAGCUUCGCGCAGGGCGGGAGGUCGACGGCGACAUCUCGCGUGUACCCGACGGAGGCCAUCUAUGCUAAUGCGGGGGUGUACCUCUUCAACAAUGCUACCAGCGCUCGCGUCACGGCCAAGACCCUCGUUGUCCAUGAGAUGGACUCCUCCUACAACCAAGUCUACAUGGCUGAGCUCUGAACCAUUUUUUGAUCAUACAUAGCAUUUGUACUUAAUUCCCUUCUCCAUUUUUGUUUCUUUUUUUUUUACCUACUUUAAUUUUGUUCUUCCAUUUCCUGUCUCCACCGAGGCCUUCCAAUUGUACUACCUAGUGGAAGACGCCACGAUGCAAGGCUAUAUAGCCUAUAAUUGUACAUGAGUCAAUGUUCUACCAAGAAUUUUCUCCCA